AAGUGCUCUGCUUCCAGCUUGACCACUGCCGUGGGCGCGAGUGCUGUGCAGCGCUGAGAUCAUCAUAUGGGUGCUGGGGAAGAAAACUGGCAGAAAGUUCCAGACGCUCCGGAUCUGUUUGAAUGGCUGAGAUGGGAGGUGACAGCCUGAAAACUCUGGCUCUGUGAAGUCUCAUGAAGUCUCAGGUUACAGUGUGAACCAGCCAGGAAAGCAGCCGCCCGCCGGAGCCCGAGGAGCCUCAGGCCGGAGGGGCGAGCGAGCGCGGCGGGUUGCUGGAGACGACCAUGGCCACGCUCGGCUGCGCACCUAAGGACGACGGUGAGGGGAAAGAUGAGGGAGGGAACGAUCGAGGUGAUGGCGACCCAAAGCCUAAAGGCAAGAAAGAAGUGGAGCCACACGCGAGACGGGAAGCGGACGAGCGGGCCGUGCGCAUCCCCAUCCCGGAAGUGCUCCAGCAACGGCUGGCGGACGACUGUUACUACAUCAACCGCAGGCGGCGGUUGGUGAGGCUGCCUUGCCAGACCAACGUGGGCGCCAUCCUCGAGUGCUACGUGCGCCACUUCUCGGCGAGUGCGCUGGCCACGGGGGACCGCCGGCCGCAGCCCCAGCGCGCGGCGCCCGAGAGGAGCGUGGGCCUGUGCCGGGAGAUGGCGGACGGGCUGCGCAUCACCUUCGACCACGCGCUCCCCUUGGUGCUGCUCUACCCUCAGGAACAGGCCCAGUACGAAAUGGUCACCUCCUCCACCUUUUUCUUCCCCACCGAGGAGCGAGCCAGCGACGCGGGCAGGAGCCAGGAGGCGCCCUGGCCCGGCCCGUCUCCCCCGCAGCCUUCGGAGAGCCCGGCCGUGGCGGGGCCGGCCGCCCCCAAGAGGCGCAGGGCGGAGGCCGAGGCCACGCGGGCUCCCAGGCGGUCCACCCGCCACAGCACCCACUGCCACUGGCAGGCGGAGGACCGGGCCUCGCCGCAGGCCAAGCGCAGUGUACCCAAGCUGUUCCCGCACUUGCAGAAGACACCUGUGCACAGCGCAGCACCUUCCCCCAUCGCUCUGACUCCCGGGAAGGAAGGGAGUGCCAUGUUUGCUGGCUUUGAAGGGACAACUGAGGAAAUAAAUGAGAUCCUCUCCUGGAAGCUGGUGCCGGACAACUACCCUCCGGGGCACCAACCACCUCCUCCCUCCUACAUUUAUGGCGCACAGCAUUUACUGCGACUGUUUGUCAAACUUCCAGAGAUUCUUGGGAAGAUGUCCUUCUCUGAGAAGAAUCUGAAGGCACUACUGAAGCACUUGGAUCUCUUUCUGAGGUUCCUAGCAGAAUACCAGGCUGACUUCUUCCUGGAGUCCGCUUAUGUCUCUGCCUGUGAGGCGCACUAUAGCAGCAAGAACCCCAGGACAAUCUGUUAAGGUUUAUGUCUCUGUAAGCAUAGCAGUUCCACCUGGCUUUGUGUUCUGUGUUCUAGGUUGGCCCACCUUGGGGGAGUGGGGGCUCUGAGAGGGGGCAAGCUUGGGUAUUUGAGUUCCUCACAUACUGAAGUUAUUUUUGUUAACAAUUACUUCCUGUGCUUUGUUUUGUUGUCUUGCCUGUAGAGAGGUAAAGUUGCUUAAUUAGUUAAUUUAUAAAAACACAUGCCAUUGCACAGGCUGCAGGUGACAGCAGGAAGCAGCCGCUCCUGUGUUGAGAGGGAACAUUCAUGAGACUAUACAUAGGUUCUGCUGUCUGGUAGACAUCACAAGAGGUUGUUAACAAGAAUUAUGUUGUUUAGUUUUCUUAGCAUCAAGCAAAAUGUUUUUGAAGACUCUUCUAAUGCGAUGGGAUUGGAGGACUCUGUUCAGCAUAUAUGAGUUCCUAUUUAGACACGUGGCAAUCUCAAAUUAUAUCGGGGAAAACAAACAUUGACAGCAAAAGAGAAUUUGCAGCUAUAGAAUUUGUAAAAUUCCCUACCUGUGAAACAUUAUCUUUGGUUAUCUAAAUAAAGCAUUUUUGUCUGACAAAAUUAUA